AUGGGGUGGACGGUUGCCUACAUUUUGCCCUCCCCUGACCCUGCUUUCGUGACAGAGCCUUGUGCAGUUACUGGCAUUUUGCAGUACUGGAACCAUGGUGAAGCACUGCAGCCUUGCAAGUGUCCCAUGUGCUCUCGGAAGAUUACUUGGUUGAUACCAGAGGCAUCAUUAGAUCACUGCCAAGAUGUUGAGGUUCUGGAAAGAGUUUGGCAGUAUAACCGUCUAUUUGUUGGAGGCACAUAUGGCCUCAUUCUGAGAGUGCUUGAGUUGCCGUUGCUCAUCAAGAGAAUAAUUCGUGAGAUGAUGGAUCCUGAAGCUGCUAAAAAUCACCUUUUGAAGCACGCCUUUUUGCAGUCAAGACGUCUUGAUGCCAUAGACGUAUUCGAUUACUUUGCUAUUGCUCUGAUCUUUAUCCUGUAUAUUGUUGGCCUCUACUGCAGACGGCAACGCUUGCAACAUGUGAGGCAAUUGGCUGCUGACCACCCUUGA